CGCUCUGUGGUUGCUCACCGCCUCAGGACCUCGGCGUCUGAACUUUCCAUAAGGUUUAAUAGCCCAAUACAAGUCCCCGCGUGGUGCAUUUUCGUCGUCGUCGAUUGUGCGACUCGUACAUUUUCAGCCUCUGUCGUCUUUCUUGUCUAGUUCAUUCGUAGAUCAGUCAGUAGCUGGUCAAUAUCCUGCUUAUUCUAUUCGAAGACUUGAAGCCUUGAAGCCUUUCGCACAUUUCCGUCUUCGUUGUUCCACACGCAUUGUUUAUAUAUAUGCAGUCAUCCAAGAAGUAUGGCUUCGGAGGUAACACAAAGACUGCUUUCUUUCCGCAAGUUGAUCGAGUUAUAUUUUGCAAAGAAGCCCUGAUGUGAAUCCAUGAGGUUUUGACUUUCACUCGAUUAUGAAAACUGUCCGGAAGUUCUCCGUAUUUUUAUGUAAAUGUUCUGAUGUAAUGGUGGAUCUGGAAUUUCAGCCCUUCUGCAUGAACAGAGCCCCAGGUCCGGUCAUCAAUACGAACCCCUCAACAGCUGGGCCUCAAUUCUCGUGUGAAGAAGCUCGCCAAGCACUAUUUUUAAGCUUCCGAAACGACAUUAUUUCCAAUCAAGCCGAUUCGGACAAGGUUUUCUGGAAUUUGGGGUCAUUGUUCAUUGGGCGGUGAGACCCACAACUUGGUCAAUCUCUCGCCUUGUUACAUUAUUUGUAAAUUCUUAUUCCCCGAGAUGGGUACGCACGGUACAGGUGGAGUUUGUUUAUAAGAUCUUGUUCGCCAUGUGUGUAUAUUUUCACCUGCUUUUUGUUCUCUGUUGCAAGGUAUGAGUGUUGAGUGAAUAUCACUUCGUCCGUUCAUUUCCUUGCUGCCUUCAAAUAGUCUAUUUGAUUUCUAAUCCAACAACACCUUGGAAGCCUUUUCGAUUUUCGAAACAAUCCAGAGACAAAAUGCAGCACGUAUCAUACAUCUCAUUGCUGGCAAGCUUUUUGGCUUCGGUCGAGGCAGGUCCAUAUUUCUCUAAUGGCCUAUACCAACCCAGCGCCGUGACAAACUGCCUUGAUGCGAAGAAGGUACCUUAUGCGAUUGACGGAUCAGCAAACUGGACAGCUCUGACAACACCAUACAAUCUCCGACUUGCAUACAAGCCUGCCGUAGUCACCAUCCCAGAGACGGCAGAGCAAGUCGGUUUCUCAAUAACAUGUGCGGCUAUGUCAAAUCUUAAAGUCCAGCCUAAAGGCGGUGGUCAUUCUUAUGCCAGUUUCUCGAGUGGUGGACAAGAUGGAAGCGUCAUUGUUGACAUGGAGAAAUUCAGUUCUAUCACUGUCGACCAAAGUAAGUCCCCGUUCGCUCAUUGUAAUUCUAACGAAAUAUACUCACAUAAUUCAAAGCCACAUUUGUUGCCAAAGUAGGAGCUGGUCAACGACUUGGAAACGUAGCUACUGCCAUUUACGAGCAGGGAAAACGUGCCCUUCCUCAUGGAACCUGCCCAGGAGUCGGAAUCGCAGGACAUGCUAUUCAUGGAGGUUAUGGUUACGCAUCACGAAAGUGGGGAUUGACACUUGAUCACAUAGUUGGUCUUGAUGUGGUUUUGGCAAAUGGAACUCAAGUCCAUGCGACUUCCGAUAGUAAUGCGGAUCUAUUUUUCGCCAUGCGAGGAGCAGGAGAUAGUUUCGGAAUCGCGACUCAUCUAUACCUGGCCACCGAAGCAGCACCAGAGACCGUUUUGACUUUCGCUGUACCUCUGUCAAGCGACAUCAACGAUGUCGACACUCGCGUUGCUGGAUUCCAGGCUAUGCAGGAUUAUACUCUCAACUCUGGCAAGAUCACAGGGGACAUCACAUUCGGUGUUUAUCUUGAUACUUACGGAGGAAUGAGUCUUUCAGGAUGGUGUAUGAGCUGCGACCGAACAACCCUCGACAGUGAAAUCAUCCCUGGUCUGGUUUCCGGAUUUAACAAUCCAGCUGCCACAACCACAAGCUCCAACUGGAUUGAUGUAGUCACCGCAAUUGCCGCCCCAGCACCUUUGGCCCAACCCUUAGGAAGCGCCUACUCAUCUCACGACACCUUCUUAGCCAAAUCCGUCACUACACGCGAAGCCCUUCCUCUCACCACCGAAGCCUGGCGAUCAUUCUUCGAGACCGUCAAAGCAAACCAAGGCCAAUGGGAGAGACCAUGGUUCAGCAUCAUCAACCUGUACGGCGGACCCGGUUCCGCAAUCAACAAACCCACAACCUCUGCCUACAGCGACAGAGAUUCCCUCUGGGUCUUCCAGAACUACGGAUACUCGUCCAACUCCCAACCUCCUUUUGACCCCGCCGGCGCUACGGUCGUGAAUGAUCUCCAGAAUGCGCUCCCCAAGGCGAUGCCAGAGGGUGAAUUUACUGCUUAUCUGAACUAUCUUGAUCCGGAGAUGUCGCCUCAGCUUGCUGCGGAGAAGUACUAUGGAAAGGAGACUUAUAAUAAGUUGCUUGGGUUGAAGAUGGUUUAUGAUCCACUUUUCACCUUUUGGAAUCCGCAGGCUGUGGGUAAUUCUAUGGCUCUUUGAGAGGUGCUUGGUAGGAGCUGGAGAUGGGUAAUUUGAUAAUCGGUUAGCGAUUCGGAUUUUUACAGCAAUGUAAAUCAUUAAUUAACAUGGGUAAUAUGAUACCCCAUUCCAUAAUGUAUAUAUUUUCAUAAUCUGCUCUUAUUUUUCGCGUG